AUGAUCCCAGACACAUCGUUUGAAAACUUUCCAUUUCGAAGUUUAAAGGUAUGUGAAUAAAAUACAAUUUUUGAUUCUUAAAUGUUCAGAAUGAUUUCAAAUAUCGUUUGUUGUUCCAGGAGCUAGCCUUUGGUCGUUCCAUGCAGGAAAUAAAACAAGAGAAGACGGGAGCAGAAGCGACCUCCACUGCUUUAACAACGGAUUGUUUAGGUAAAGACUAUUAUGAUCUGUGAAAAGUUAUCAUAAUUAUCUGGUAUAGAUUAACAUUCUAUAUAUGGUUCUAAUAAAAUUUCUUUUUAAAGAACUAUUCCAAGACUUGUCCCAAAUGCAAGAACAAUGGAUGAAUGAAGGUAUCUUAUACAUAUUACGUAAAUACUAUACUCACCGACUAUAGUGCGUGCAUUUCGCACGUUUUUAGCAACACUUUUUGUCAAGUGCCUUACAGGUUACGUAAUAUAUAAGGUAAAAUAAAGACAACUUUAUUCAUAAAGAAACUCAAUUUUCUUCUUACAGUUCGCUCUACAGCGAUGACGAACGAACAGCCUUGGGAACCUUCCUUGUGUAAUAAUACAAUCUUUCAUGAGCACGGUCAAAGACAAGGUAAACCAAAUAUUUUAUUUUCUUUCAUAGCAUUUACACAUUACUCAUUAGUAAUAAUUCUUGCUUUUUUGAAUAGCAGCAAUUUGACUCAUUUUUUGUUUUCAUUACAUAGUACUAUCGUUAAUUAAUUCAACAAAAUGUCCUUGGAAAUAUGUUGAAGCUUUAUAUAUAGAGCGUUGGCUUCAUGCAUGCAAAAGGAGUGCAUUCAUGCAUAUACGUUUUUGUUUUCGUGAAAAAUGCCCAAGGACACAUGAAUACAUCAGUCUUUAGUUAAUAUACCCACCCAUAUUUAUUGUAUAGUUUAUAAAACACAAUAUAUCAGUAUAUAAUAAGUACAUCGGAUGUAUAGUAUAUAAUAUAUAGUAUAUAGAAUAGUUAAUAUUAUACAAGCAAUAUAGCUACAUACAGUUAUUGCAAUUAUUUAUACAUAUUCUAUUCUGAAAUAUCUGUUUGUACAUGUUAUGCUGUAGUAUAUAUAGAUUAAAAUCACGUCAUGAAAGAUGAUAACCGUUGAAUGUUUAGCGGUUUGAUAUAUUAAUAUUUUGGCGCCAACUUUUAUCCUGAAGGAGUAACUCAUGCUGGAUGCUCUGCAUGCCACAAUAUGCAAUGAGCGUCAUCAAACGCAUUUAUAGAAAUUGCUGCGGAGUAGGAGUGCUGGAGUAUAUAUUAACUUUUGUUGUUUAUAAUUAUGGUAUAUAUAUAUAUAUAUAUAUAUAUAUAUAUAUAUAUAUAUAUAUAUAUAUAUAUAUAUAUAUAUAUAUAUAUAUAUAUAUAUAUAUAUAUAUAUAUAUAUAUAUAUAUAUAUAUAAACUGUGGAACUUAGGUAAAAAUCACGUAAAAUUCAAGUUUAAAUUUUGACAUUUUCAGGUAAAAUUUGUAUAAUAAAGUCGUUAUUUUUGUGAAAUGAUAACCAUUUUGUAAAAUACAGUCAAUUUAGAUCCAAUUCGUUUGCGAAUUUGCUUUAGAAAACGCCAGAAAUGCAGUCCUGCAGCUUCAAAAAUGUAAAAAAAUUAAUCAGAAAAAGCUCUAUUAUAAUUAUUACACUUUGGUAAAUUUUUAACGUUGAAGUUCAAAUUUCAGGUAAAAUCUUACAAUACCCCCUACCCCCGAACUUCAGAUGUACGUCCCUGACUAUUGUGACUGUUGUGAAAUUGACAAUUCUUUAAAAAUCGAUGUAAAUUUAUGUGUGAAAUAUGGUGAAGCCUGGCCUUCUUGUCCUUGUUAUUGCAUGAUCAUUUUUCUUUCAUUCCCUCGAAUUUAUCGUGUGCAUCAUUGAAAUUAAUGUUGACGAUGUUGGGUCAUUUUUACGUACACCAGGAUUGCGCACUUCGCGUAUCAUCAUACAUAAUCCUCCCCCGUUCCCGCCAAAAUCCUGCCCGCUGCAACUCAGGCUCCCCAUAAAAUUGAGGGCCUGCCACGCAGGCUACAUGGCGCAUGCAUAACUCUACAUGCCGUCCUUGACUCCUCAGACCAUACAUAUGAAAUUUUCUAAACCAAGCAACACCCAAAGAGUUUACAUGCCAAACUUUUUGAACCUGCGAUCUGCACUCUCACGUGCACUAUAGACUAUAAACACCAGCAGUCGUCACAGCACUCCAUGAGAGGCUGCACAGUGCAGACAAUACCAAAUGGCUGCAUGGCCGAGGUCCGCAGCCAAGAGAAACAAACUUUGCACAACAUAGUACUCAAACGAUUAAGAUCUUAUAGACAUCCAACAAUUUGAAAUGAUAUACUCUUCACAGAUUUAAAAUAUUCCUUGGCUUAAGACUGAGUCUAAUAAGUAUGGGUAAAUUAAUAACAAAACAAGUAAAAAUAACAACAUUUUUUGUUAAAGAGAUUAAAAUAUAAAGAAAUUAAAUAAUAUUUUGAUGAUUAAUAAAAAAAUGUCAUUCAUUCAUCCAAAAUUCAUCGACAUAAUGUUGCCCGCAUGUGGUUAGAUCAAGUUUGAUUUGAUUCACAUAACGUUGGCUCAUUGUACAAAUCUAAAUAUUGUACAAUAAAGAUAGUAGUACGUCUUUAUUUUGGCUCACUUGAAAUAACUCAAUUUACAUUGCAAGCCUAAAUGGCCGAGCAAGAUUUAAUGACGAUGCUUUGCCUUAUGGGGGCGGUGCGUUUUAGUGGAAAUAGUACAAUAAUAGUACAAUAAUAGUACAAUUUGAACAUAUUCUAAUUUAUACAAUGCAAUUUUGUUGAUUUAUUGGCUGUUAUGCUUAGUUUAUGAUCAGUAAUACGUGCAAAGUAUCGUAACUCUCAUCUCGCCUGAGCACGGAAGAAUAUGAACAUUUUAUAACGGGAAAAACAUUCUGCACUUAAUUGAUGGAGUGACGUCACACCGAAGGUUCGUCAGAAAAGUUCGGGUUUGGGUUAGAGUCAGGGUUAGGUUCAGAAGUUCGGUGUGACGUCACUGCAUCAACUGAGCACUUGGAUUCCCUGGUGUUUCUCGUCUUUCCGUCAUGCCGUCACAAACUCUCCUCCUCCAAUAUAUUUGUAUGUGCAAGAAUCACUGAUCUGUAUACUGAAUGAGUUAAAAUAAAGUUAAAAUAAAUAAAUGAAAGUUAAAAUAAAUAAAUGAAAGUUAAAAUAAAUAAAUAAGAAAGUUGAUAUAAAGUUAAAAUAAAAAAAAAUAUGAAUAAAUAAAUAAAUGAAUGAGUGUUAGGAAAGGCCAAGAAUGGGUGUAAGGAAAUAAGAUAAAACUUAAUAGGCGUUUUAAACCAGAAUUAAACUCAAACGUACGUAAGGUCAAAAUAAAUCAUUACGAUAAUUUUUGUCCUUUAAUUGUACGUAAGAUAUCUUGCACUCGUACUUAAAUGUCAAAAAAGGCAUGAAAUGUAAAAAUAGAAUUAGGAAGUAUAUAUAGCGUGUUGGCGAGUGAAUUCUGGAGUUACUCGAUACUUGCGUUAUGCAAGCUUGGAAAGGAAUUUCCAUUGUUAAAAAUGACCAUAUUACAUGCAGAUAUUCCAAGAUCAAUCUGGUGUGCAGUCAAGUUUUCUAGUACCUUGCUUGCCUGCAGCCUAUCAAUGAAAAACUAUUUUCGAGGCACGAGCUAAAAGUCCACAAUCUAAUCGCCUGAAGGUUCGUAGUACUGUUUACGUCAUUAUAUCACGACCAAAAACGUGAUUGAAAUCUAUAUAUCCUAACCCCAAAAAUAACACUGGUAUACAUGAUAUAUACGUGCAUACAUGUUAUCAGUGAUGGCAAUUUCAAGACGCGCCUAACGUCUGCCAUUUAAUAUAUUCACAUAAAGUUGAUCCAUUAAGAUGCCAUUAACGUCAGCAUGUAUUUAGCCAUUCAUAGCGGUACUUAGUUAAGAUUACAAAAAACGUUUUGUUCCCUAUUGUUUUAACUAAAUUAAGCAUUCUCUGUUGUAUAAAUAGGAAGUUGGUCAAGUCAGAAGAUUAAAUUGGAAAGCAGGGCGUCGCAGCAGUGUUGCACUAAACCAACUAAGACGUUCGAUAUGAAUACUGCAUCAUAUUUGGACUAUUAUUCUUCCAACAGUCAUACAAUGAAAUCAGUCAGUGAUCACUGCACGGAUCAAACUAGUAGAACUACAGCUUGCUACGAGCCAAGAAUGAUGAAUUAUAACAGAGUUUCAAAUGAACCUCCAAGUCCUUACAGCAGAGAAAUUAAAGUGGAAUCGCAUGAGAAACUUACACAUUGCGAUCUUUUUCGAGGUAAGAGAAAAUCUAUAGUCUUCUAACUUUGCGUCUUAAAGUGGCGUCAUAACGCGUCAGCUAGCAUAUACUUUAAAGCGAUUUCGCAUCUUUAACAUAUUGCACGGAAAGACUCUCGUAGAGAAAUGUUGUGCUUAUAGAUAUACGUCUUUGAAACAGGUUAUAAUUUCAUACAAACGGUACGUUUUUUCAAACGGCGUUCACUUUGCAUGGACGCAACAAAUGGCGCAAAAAAGGAUACAACUAGCUAUACAACUAGCUAUACAACUAGCUAUAUAGCGCGUGCAAUUGUUCACUUUCGCUAUUGAAAUCGUAUAAAUAUUUCUAAAACUUUCAACUAUUCAUGUACCGUUAAUUGUAUACGUCUCUUAAUCAUGUUUGUUUUCGGAAAAUGAUCUUAAAAUGAUUGAAUUAGAGGCUCUGUGUUAAAUUUUGUGUACAAACUUGUAUAUAUAUAAACUGUGAUAUCUACCGAGAAGAACUGUUGGUGAUCAGAGAAAUACUUGCGCAAAAACAAUCAUGCAUGCACUAUAUACGAAUUAGGUUCCAUGUCAAAAUCCAUGAAAACUAUACUUUAUUUUUACUGGAAAGGUGAUAUUUUAUUAGAGAAUUGAAAGGAAAAGAGAUCGAUUCUUUGAGGAGAGCACAUGAUGAUAGUUGAGAUGGAAUUGGUUUGCGUGGGUAUAUGAAAAUGAGUGAAAAACGUGUGCUUUGUGAACCAAAAAUGCUUGCUGCAGUAUAAUUUGCUGUUUAGUUUUCUUCUCCCAAAAGUUAUAAUUAUAUUUUUCAAUGACAAAGUGAAUUAUGUUUAAAAAUUACAAUUGUUUCCUGUUUUUAUUUAGAGAGGCAUCAUGAGUCAGUGGCGAGCAGUUUCUCCCCACAGAGGACCUACUCGAGUUCCCCAGUCUCAGCAGGUAAAACAUUGAACAAUGCUCCGCACAACACGGGAGUGUUAAAUUUCAAAUGUUUACAUUGCUUUUCAGUUGGAGGGCUUCAGGUGGCUCAACUCUCAUCUAAUUUUAUGAUGUUUUCCAUACGAAACAAAAGCAUGACACAUUUUGAAUAUUAACCAAUGAUUAAAGCCGAGAUAGGAAAGCAAAAUAAACUUUAAUUGCAUGAAGACAUCGCGCUAUGAUUUAAUAUAAUUACUGUUCGUUCACACUGACGCGACAGAUGUUUUUCUAAGUUGAACUUUUCAUUUUUUCUUCCUCAAACUCUAUUAGUAAUUAAAUGUGCAAAACAGUACUUUUUCGCACAAAAAUAAAUGAAAAUAAGCUAGCAAGCCAUUAUUUCGCUUACAAAAACGUCAUCUUAAGAAAAUGAUGAACAGUUCAUUAUAACAUUCAAGACUGAUAUUAGUCUCAAUCUGACACGAAGGAAAGCAUAUUAAAAAAAAAAUGAUUGAUGUCGCGACUAUCUUCCACGUAAAAAAAACGUACAUUCAUACAUUCAUAAAGGCACUGUAGAAAAUUUAUCAUUUUUAUUGCUUUGAAACAUAAUUUAAAUGGCUUAGAAAUAUAUUGCAACUUCAUUUAGAUUUUUAAAUGUUUUCACACUAAAGGCGUUUGACUCUUUACUUAAUUUUCUUACAUCAUUGAAACUCAUUAGUUUUUUUUAUUAAGUAUGAGAGUUUUAUAACUUGAAACUUCAGAUUUUCAUUAAUACAAAUACAGCGGUCAGUCAGCAAUAUUGGUUAGUAUAAUUUUGUUUUGACAAGUGCUUGUGUUAAUUGCCUGGUGUAAAAGUAUAUCCCCUGUAGUGGCAGACGGUUUUUCACUUUUAGUAAACUUUGACUGAGAUUAAAAAGUUCGUCAAACUGUGAUGUGAGUAUCAAGUCUAUUCUUACAUCUCAACUAUAUCUCUGAUCAAAUUGAAUUCAUACUGUGCAAUGAACUAUAUAGCUCAGUUGGAAUACGUGGGAUAUAUGAGUGUAUAUAUAUAUAUAUAUACAUCAAUAUCAGUAUCAAUAUGAUUGAACUAUUAAAUUUAAAGUUACUUUUUUAAACGGCAAAAUAUACCGUUACGUUAUGGGAUUGGAAGAGGUAUAAUGAUACUUGCAUGUGCCCAGUAUAUAAUCCAUAUGCAUCAACAUGAAAUUGUAGCCUACAUAAAAAUCUAUAUACGAACACUAUAGACUAAGAUUACAUAGUCGACGCUAUAUAGAAACUCAGUGAAUUGCAUAUUGCUGUUGGUGACAGUUUUUCAAUUAUACUCCGGCAACUUUUCAGGGGAGCAUGCCUCCGGUCCACCAAGCUCCGCGGUCUCUGAAAUAUAUAGAGAGAGGCUUAAGUUGCCCCACACUUCUAUAUAGCCCCACAUAACAUCGCUAUGUUUACAUGUGUUAUCAUUGGGCAUGUAUAUAGUGUAGUUUAAGGGUGUACAUGCAUAUAAAAAUUCCAACUAAACUUAAUUUAUGAUGGUUCUAUCUGGAGGUUUAGUAUAAGGAAGCGCCAUGCCAUUAAUCUUUGCCAUUAUAAUACAGGCUACAGCCCUCACGCAUAAACAAAGCAUUUGUAUACUUCAUAUACAAAUGUAACAAAAAAUGCAUGUCUAUAUAUACAUGUAGUAUAGUACAGCAUGUGACGACGUUUCUCCGCCAAGUCCGCAACGUCUAGCUUCUAUGUAUAAACAUACAUUUAUUUUUAUAUUAAACUACUCCAUGUAAUAUAUAUAUAUAUAUAUAUAUAGCUAUCACAAUUAAUCCCAAAACUACUUAGUAACAAGGUUUAAGCCAUAUGUCAAACUCAUAAACCACAGACUUGAACACAGGUUUUGUCAUUAAAAAUUGAUUGUUACCUGACGGUAAAUGAUUUAAUCUGUUCCCAGUAAACUAGAAGUGGUAAGUAAGUGGGAGUGCGCUCAGCACUUGCAGCUGAGCUGAAUUGCGAAGGACGCAGUUGAACCUGAUCGAGCCGAAGGCUUUCUAAGGCGGAGGGUUAUACCUAUAAAAAGUGAAAGAGUCAGUUAGCUAAGAGCUUAUCCCAACCUUCCCCUUAUCCAACCCAACAUUCUCUGUGGGAGUACCUGGAGAAAAUCCAUGGUUUUCAGUAGAGCGUUGAUUGACUCUUUUCACGUGCAUGUUGUGCACGCGUUACGAUCUCAGAGGCGAAAUUCUCUUGUUCUGAUAAAUGCACCACCGAAACCCCUCACCUGUAUUCUUCCUUUCCGCACAAUUGACGACGUAUUCUCAACAUGUCUGCACCUAUUCUUUCUUAGGAAAUUGUGGAUAUGAAACUAAAUCAAGCUCAUUUUACGAAGAUUCCAUGUCAUGUUACUUCGAGCGUUGUCAACGUGAAUACAUGGAGUAUAAUGAACGUAAGUUUCAGUAAAGUUCAGUACGUUGUAGAGCUAUUUUAAUCGUUAUAUGGUAGUUCCAUGAUCACUGGACUUAGGGGGGGGGGGACUUACAGGAUCCGAAAGGGGAAAGGUUUAGAACUGAUGAAGUUGCCCAAUGAAAACAGGGAGAUGUAUAGCAUGUAUAAGACAGCGACGUCAGGACGACGGCUUGAUAUACAAUGACAUCAAUCCUACAGCCCAAAAAAUCAGAAAUUAGACGUCGUCCAAGCUCUGUUGACAACGACAAAGUACAUAUUAAUUUUCACGUCUCUUAUAUACGCUAGCAUUUCAAGCCAUGACUGGUAGGUUUUCUAGCGGAGCUGAUCAAAAUUACUCUGAAGGUUAAAGCUCUGUUUUACUCGUUCGAAACUACUUAAAUUCAUAGGUAGCAUUUCCUCCAUGUAGAUAAUUCAUCUUCUAUUCUUCAAGCCAGUGCGAUGUAUCAUGUAUUACAACAUUUUGCUGAUGGAGUCCUCCCUGGAGGCAAAACCAGUGUUCAGCAUCGUACCUGCAUGUCCUUUAAUAUAGGGAGCAAUUUGGCGGGCUAGUGAAGCUUUGCCCUCUGGGAGGACUGGAACUAGAAAAUACUGCAUAACCAAUUGAAAAUGGUGCAAUGGUUAUAAGCUCAUACUUCCCAAUUUUGUCAAUGUCUACCAAUUUUGUCAACAAUUUUCCUCCUCCUUGCGGAUGUGAUUGAAUGAGUGACAUGGAAAAGUCUUAAAAAUGUAUACUUCCAAAAAUCGAUUCUAUACGUUUAGGUGCGAGUUCGCUCAUUCGCAUCCGUCAGGAAUCGCCGACAGAAUCGCUAGUGUGAAACAGGCCUAAGACUCCUCAGUUGCAGCAAUCUAUUUGUGACAUGUUAGUAUAUGUCCAGCAGAGUGAUAAACAGAAAUGAGUGCGGAGUUUGCAAAGACGCAGUUCUUAUGUAGUUAUGGCAAUUCAUUUUGUUCUAUUUUCAGGCCAUGCAGCACACGAAUUCAAAUAUCUUCCUCCAGAACUGACCUAUCCAGAACCUCGUCCAUUUCAAAGACGUGGUUCUCUACAGUUAUGGCAGUUCCUAGUCAUUCUUCUCGAGGAACCAGAUUGUUCACAAUAUAUUUCCUGGACGGGACGAGGCAUGGAAUUCAAACUUAUUGAUCCAGAAGAGGUAGCCCGAAGGUGGGGCAUUCAAAAGAACAGACCUGCCAUGAACUACGACAAACUAAGUCGUUCUUUACGUUACUACUAUGAAAAAGGAAUCAUGCAGAAAGUGGCUGGGGAACGAUAUGUCUACAAAUUUGUGUGUAGCCCAGAAGCUUUGUUUGGUAUGGCAUUUCCAGAUUCUCAAAAACCGUACAUCAAACCAGAAUGUCGCAGUGCCCAACCAUUACUUAAUCACUCACAAACAAUGCUAACAUUACCACCUGAAUAUCACAAUAAAGAAUAUUAUCAACAUGGCGUACCUACACGUUAUUUAAACAAUGCAAGUUGCUUUCAACCUUCAUGGGAAACGUACCAAGCUGAAGGGCAAACUUGUGUCUACUAAACGUUUCACAAAAUUAUUCAACUCUUAUUUGUCGGCCAUGGACAAGUAUAGACAUUUGGGAUAUUUAAAAUUGUCCUGAUAUUCAUGCCUGUUUUAGAAGAUAGAGAUUCAUUUAAUGAAUUACCAUCAAUUGUAUAUACUUAGUUGUAUUUAGGGCGGUUAUAUAAUACGCUUCAUUGUUUUGAAUUUUGGGACAGAGAUUAACAGUAGACCUUACAGAUUGUACAGGUAGAAUACUGUAUAUAAUAUGUAUAUAAAUAGGCAGCUCACUGCUAGGUUUAAAAUACAUAGAAUAAAAACUUAAAGGAUCAAUGCGAACAACGAUGACUGUAACAUUUUCCCAUGAUGGGGAAGAAUGCACGCAAUUUAUGUACAUGCAUAAAUUAUAUAAUUUAUGUAAAAUAUAAGUAUUCAUGUAAACAUAUAUGUAUACACAUGAUUAUUUUGCUUUUACCUGGGCCAGUUCGGCCCAGCUGUAGAAAAUACUUUGUAACCAUUAUUUUGUAGUUAAUUAAAUAGCAGUUAAGUCUAAAAUUUUUGAAUGCAUCGAAUGGUUAACAUUCGUACUGAUGGUAGUUAACUUUAACAAUACCGUUUUUAUGCAACCAGUCCCUGCAC